AUGCCCAAUCGGAUGCCCUCCUUGACGGAGUUGCACUUUGAUGCCCACAUCUUUACUCCCGCUUUAUUUUACCUCGACCAUAGCGAGAAAAGGGAGUUCGCAUCGCACACAGUGUUACCCGACCUCGAACGUCUGGCGUUUGAGAGGGCAACACCCGCGCCUUAUACGACUGGAGAUGUCAUCCUCAACCUCGUCCAGGCCGGGUGGACAAAGCUAGCUCCAAGGAACAGGAAGAGAGGCCGCGUAGAAAUCAGUUUUCAACCCGCCAUUGUCCCCGAAUCAAGUUGCGUUUCCCUUCAAGAUCUGGAAAGAAUCAAGGCCGAUCAAGUUGUUAACCAUAUCAGCGCACGCGGAAUCUUGGAUUACGAACUUCAUUUGCGAUUUCCGCCCGUUGGGGAGAUAUGA